GUCGCGAAUAUGUUAAUUUAUUUUUAUAUUUUUUUGGGGGGGCGGGGGGGGGGGAGGGAUUGAAUAGUAAUUAAAAUUUUAUCAACAUUCAUUCAAGAAAUCUGAAAUACUAAUCAACAAAAUAAUUUCCAUUAUCUUCUACCACUUUCUGCCAGCGUAAAGGCAGUUGUUCGAUUCCCUUUUUAAAAAAGUCCAUCGAUUUUUCAUUGAAAAACUUUUCCAAGCCAGACAAGGAAGACAUUUUCAUUACUUUUCGGGUCCCCUAAUAUUUGACAGAGAAUCAUCGGCAAGCAAACGAAUGAGAAUUGUUUCACAAUGAUGUAUUUAUAUAUGUGUUUGAGUUCAGUGACAAUUCCACGUAGGAAAAUAUUGAAUACGUGACUUUUUUUAAUAGCUGUUUCUUAACGAAUAUAUUUCUCUGUCGUAAUUGAAGUUGCAAUCACUGUAGGAGUUUUAGAUCAGAGCCACGAUCUCACAGAUUCGUUUUAAAAAUCCCAGGAGCACAACCAUGCCCUCCGUAACAAUUAUUUUUUAAGAAUUCAAAGUUUCAGAUUGUUUAUUCUACCCCAAAAUACCUAAGAUCUUGCACAUCCCCAAGUGUCGAUAAAUGCUUCAUACCGAUUCGGUAAAAAUGCUGCUCUAAUAAUAGCAACCUUCGCCUACUAGACGAGUGGAAUUCGUUCAACCUUCGUAACCGGUUUCAUUAAGAGUUGAUACAAUCCUCGUCCACUGGUUUCAGCGGGUUUACAGAUGUUGUCUUGGAGCUCCCAGUCUCUGUGCAGCAUUAUCUAAGCCAUGGACCGGUACCCCCACCGACCUAAAUGCACCACGUAUAUAAUGGUUAGGACACCUUCUAACCACUGUCAGUGAGCUUGUGGACUUAAUCUCGUCUUCCCGCCUCGUUCGCGAAACGAGGCGAGGCGUUGCACGUUGCAUCAGUGCGUCGGUUACCUCUUCCUCGUACGAUUUGCGCUCGCUCCGUCGCGAUGAAAACCGGUAAAAGGAAUUACCGCGCUGGAUGCGGAGUCGUUUAAUUUGUUCUUCUAAAACCUGUUUACCUCAUUCUCGGCGUAAAUUUUGCGAGUGUGGUCGUAGAAACGGUGACGUGAACGGAAAAUGUGUACUUUGUAGUAUCGCCGAUCGCCGCGACCGAUUUUUGAAUCCUUCGGUGACCGUUCGACCCCUGAGACUUGAAACGCGGAAACGAUGAAGUGUGAAGUGGGUGUAGCAUCGUUCGGCUAUGGAUCGAGGGGCUUGGGUCGAUUGGCGACGAUCGGUUGGGUUCUGUUGGUAAUCCUAUGUUUCCCGCCUCGGACGGUGGCCAUGUUCGACAACUCGUCCAGCACGUUUGUCGAGCGAUGUCGCAUGGAUUGCAGUUUGCAGAAGGAUUUGGUGGCGUGUGGGAAGUACAGGGUCGUUAGGUGGCUUCAGGAUACCGUGAGAGAUAAGGAGUUCGGCUACGGUCCGUUCCGCAUAGUGAGGAUACCGUCCAUGCCAAGUAAGACGAUCCUACCGAAAGUGCCCCAGUCCAGAGUGUUUAAAAGCGGUGCUGUCGAAGCCUUGAACUUCCUCAGAGACAACAUCGAGGAUCUCUUGACCAAACGUGCUGUCAUCUACACAGCGGACAACUCUCCCGGUGGAAGGAGUUUUGGUACCAUGCCCAUGAUCGUGGACGAGGACGAGUUAAAGCAAAUGCAGAGCAGGAAGUCGUCGCAAGGCGACGGAAAGAUCUUGUUUAAGAAGAAGAAAUCCGUAAUAGUUCCUAUCCUGAUCCUGCUGAACCUGGUGAAGUUGAAGCUGCUGCUGCUGCCCAUCUUCCUGGGCGUUCAUUUCAUCAAAAAGCUCCUGGUGCUCGCCUCGCUGAUCUUGCCGUCCAUUUUGGCGCACCUUAAGAUUUGCAAGGUCCCACCGCCUCAUCAGCAGUCCUAUCCUUAUCACACGUGGGCCACCGCAGCGGAGGCACCUGUCGACUAUCCGACAGGGUAUGGGCAGGAAGAAGCGUGGGCCCACAGGAACGAUUACGUGGGGCACGUAGCGUACCCUGGUUAUCCCAGCUACCACGGCCUUCGUAACCCCUACGGAUGAAGCUGAAGCGUCUCGACGAAUCGUUGAACGAGUCGUCUUAUUCGUUGCUGCUGAUAUCCUUUACAGAAUCGUAGGUGACUUGCCUCGAGCAAACGAACAAUAAUCUCUUCUGAGUGUUGGGCAAUACGUAAUCCACGAUUGUUAUCGAGUAGUCAAUAAUCAUGAUCGAUGAUGAAUCCAUAUUCAGUAAUCAUGAAACGAUUAAUGAAUAAUCAGACACGAUUAUCUCUGAAUCAUUACAGACUACUGAUUUGUGAUUACAGAUUUCGAACAUAGCUGUGAUUAUUGAUCAAUCUGACAAUCGUCAGUGAUUAUUAUUAUUAUUGCUUAAUUCUCUCUCUUUUAUAUACUUUUCUCAAGUGAACUUCGAACAUGUUUCUCGCGUGCCAAUAGUCUCCUUUCGACCACUUGUUAAUCUCUUUUCUCCGUUUCUAUUCACCUUAUUGAUGACAGCUGACAAUUGGCACGCGUAGAAAUUCCGUUUAGCUGCUAUUAUCGUCUGUUACUCGACGUGAAAAAUCCUCACCGAAUGACUUUCACGUGGGGUACCGUUAGCUGCGCCCUCGAAAAUCGAUUAUCCAAGGUUCGUUUGCUUAAUAUCGGAUAGCGAACCGAGAUUUUACAAUUUGUACACCCGUGACGUGCUUGGUGUCGAUUGUAAAAAUUGGCACUUUCGAGUAAAGUACUGAAUUAUUGAAUAAAAGUGACGAGAGUUGAUUUUCUUAAUUUACUUCGACACUUUCAUUGCUAGUUUAUGUACUUUAUUUGAAACCACGCGGUUCGUUUAUGCCUACAUUUAUUUAAACAUGACUACUAUAUAAAUAAACUACUGCUACCUCUACUUGUCUAUAUUUAAGGUUCCAUUUAUGAGAGUUAUGAGAAAUAUGAUUUGCGAGGGAUUGCGAGUGAGCCUUCUUAUUUAUGUUACUAACAAAGAGUGAAAUAUCGUAUGAAGUGAACUCACUAUAGGAGUUAUGAAAGCUUAGGUCUAUAGACCCUCUCUGAAAAUUAAUGUGAUAAAUACUAACCCAUUUGGAUGCAUAUAAUUUUACAAAUAAAAAUAAAUGAGUUAUAAAAGUAGAUUUGUU